GGAAAUUACUCAGUUUCGGAAUUUCAUCUGCUGGUAUACGUUUUUCUUUUCAACCAUCUGAAGAAAUGUACCAAACGAACUUAUACGAGUUUCUAGAUAUUAAGAAUUGACAACUAAUUUUGGGCAGCCCAAGUUACAAUACCCUUCACAUUCAGUCUCGAGAAUUGAGACGGGGGAAAAGGAUUGGGCUUCGCGCGGCGAGGAUGUUGGGCUUUGCUUUAUGGAAUCGUCUUCUAAGAUCCGGGCUAAAUGACAGAGAACUUUGGAUAAAAACUGUCACAUUUUCGUCCUGUGCCGCGAAACGUGUCGUUUUGUACAGAGGUUCGACACAGAGUUAUCAUCUUCGUGGGUCACCUAUUACAGUAAUUGGACUAAGGUACUGUAGUGGCAAUGUCAUCGACCGAGCGCAAAAGAAGAAAAAUGUACCACAAUCAAAACCUGUGGUCACACCGGUUAAAAUUUCAUCGGUAGUAACCGGUGUAACUGGUGGUAAACCAGGUCAACAAAAGCGAAACUGUUUCCACCCUGGAGUGUCGAGUAUGAGUAGAGACGCUAUCAACUUUGGGGAUCGGCCUCCAGUCACAAGCCAAGACAUGAUUAAGGGAAUGCUCAGUUAUAUUUGGCCAAAGGAUGAUCCAGCGAUAAGGCGAAGAGUUCAAUUAGCACUAGGUCUUCUAGUUGGUGCAAAAGUUUUGAACGUCACCGUACCAUUUAUAUUCAAAUAUGCUAUUGACACAUUGAAUACUCAAAUGGUAGCGGUUGGUGGCGAACCUGUACUAAGCAUGGCUACAGCUCCCGAAACGGUGGCUACCGUAGGAACGUCCCUACUCAUUGGCUAUGGAAUAGCGCGUGCUGGUGCAGCUGGAAUAAAUGAACUGCGAAAUGCAGUAUUUGCCAAGGUGGCGCAGCAUUCGAUACGUAAAAUAGCUAAGAACGUAUUUCUCCAUUUGCAUAACAUGGAUUUGGCAUUUCACUUGGGCAGACAAACGGGCGCCCUUUCCAAGACAAUAGACCGAGGCAGUCGAGGUAUAAAUUUCGUGCUGACUGCCAUGGUGUUCAACGUUGUCCCAACGAUAUUUGAACUUGCACUAGUGAGUACCAUUCUGGGCGUUAAAUGCGGCCCCGAGUUUGCUGCCGUUGCUCUGGGGUGCGUAGGAAUUUAUACAGCUUACACCCUGAGCGUGACACAAUGGAGGACAAAGUUUCGGGUAUACAUGAAUCAAGCUGAAAACGAAGCUGGCAAUAAAGCAAUUGAUUCCCUCAUCAAUUAUGAAACAGUGAAAUAUUUCAAUAACGAACAGUACGAAGCCGACAGAUACAAUCAGUCAUUGAAAAAAUAUGAAGCAGCCUCUUUAAAAACUAGUACCAGUUUAGCAAUGUUAAAUUUUGGACAGCAUGCCAUAUUUAGUGGUGCCUUGAGCUUGAUAAUGGUCUUGACCGCUAAAAACAUAGUCAAUGGAACAAUGACCGUUGGUGAUUUAGUGAUGGUCAACGCAUUACUAUUUCAAUUAUCAGUUCCACUAGGAUUUCUUGGCUCGGUAUAUCGAGAAGUCAGGCAGGCGCUUAUAGAUAUGCAAACCAUGUUCACAUUAAUGAUGAUGGACAGUUCAAUCAAGAAUAAGGAGAAGACCAUACCUUUUCUUGUUACGCCGAGUACUUCAGAAAUCACUUUCAAAAAUGUGAACUUCCAAUAUAUUGAAGGAAAACCAAUCUUUCAAGAUCUGAAUUUCACUAUUCCAAGUGGUAAAAAAGUUGCUAUAGUUGGUGGCUCAGGUUCAGGAAAGUCAUCUAUUGUUAGAUUACUCUAUCGGUUCUUUGAACCACAGGAAGGUGACAUAUACAUAAAUGGCCAAAAUAUUCGCGAUGUCAAUAUGGAUGAUCUUAGAAAAUCAAUAGCUAUUGUACCACAGGAUUCUGUGCUCUUUCAUGAUACGAUAUUUUACAAUUUACAUUAUGGAAAUCUCAGUAGCACUGAAGAAGAUGUAUAUAAGGCAACAGAAAUGGCCAAUUUGCAUGCAUCUAUUUUGAAAUGGCCCAAAGGCUAUCAGACUCAAGUCGGAGAACGUGGAUUAAAAUUAAGUGGAGGUGAGAAACAAAGAGUCGCGAUAGCUAGGGCAAUAUUGAAAAACAGCCCCAUCUUGGUAUUCGACGAAGCUACGUCUUCUCUAGACUCAAUAACGGAACAUAAUAUUUUGGAGGCUUUAAGGCGUGCAACGGUAGGACGUACAUCAAUAGUGAUCGCGCAUCGUUUGUCAACUGUUAUGGAUGCCGAUGAGAUUUUAGUCCUGGAUGGUGGAAAAUUAGUCGAGCAAGGAACACAUAGCGAAUUAAUUGUCAAACCAAAUUCCUUGUACAAUAGGCUUUGGGAAGCUCAGCACAUGGGCAUGACUAAAAAAAAAGUUGAUGCUAACAAUUAAGCUCACUGAGUGCAUGAAUUGAGUAUCACAGUAGUUAUCUACAUUUUGAAAAUUAUUCUGGCAAUAUUACAGUUUUUGCCUAGUCGGCUCAUUUGCAAGCUUUGCAGCUAUAAAAGCUGCAUUUUCCGUUUUUGCUUACCAAUGACAAUUGUUGAUGCUCGCCAUUACACAGAUUAUUGACUAUUUGAUUCUUAUAGAACUGCACAUAGUUGCAAACUUUACAAAUAAGCCCACUGAUGUUGCAAAGAUACGCCUUUUCCAAUGUUUAUUAACACUGAUUCAAUACUGUAGAUUUCUUACAAACUCUGUACUCAGAUCGAUGUGGAAUAAGGUCUUAUCAGUGUUACGACUGACCUCACUCUGGCACUAGGACUGAGAUAAUACACAGUUAUCCUAUAAGAGUGUUCCUAUAAGAGUAUUGUAAAUAUUUUCUCCACACGUUGUUGUCCUCUAAUGAAUAUACAUGUAUAGUUGAUAAAAAUGUAAAUAGAGUUGUACAGAAAUUCAAAGUAUAAAUUACUUUGAAAAGAGUUAGACUGUAUCAUACUACCAAAUGUUUUGGGAUGUUUUUGGCAAUUUAAUAAUUUAAACGUAGAUUAUUUAACAAUCUAGAAGUAUAUUUUUUAUAAAAUAGAUGGCUAUCAAUAUUGACGAAUCCCUCGAACAUACCGUCAAUCACUGUAAUAUUUGAACACCUCACACUACUUUUCCUUAAUAUAAUUGAUAAUAAGAAUCCGCGGUAUACAAUCCAAAACUUUCAGUUUAUCUUUUACAUGCAGUUCUCCACUAAACUUCUUAAUUAUGUAGGUAAUUAUUUCUCUAAGUUUUAUUAUUGUUAUGUUACUGUUGUGCUACAGUAUACAUUUUAUAGCUAAUAAGAUUUCAUUCUGGGUUGUUAUGUACCAUAGAAUUCGAAGUAAUACCAAAUAAAAAAACUUGUUACAUCA